CUUCGGCAAACCAGCAUAAUUAGAGAUUCGCCGAAACACUACUUCCCUCUUUGCGAGCAAAAAUAUUAUAAACAAUACAAAUAUCUCUCACGCUUCCUUCAAUUUCGAUCUCACCCAUAACUCUCUCUCUCUCUCUCUCUGUGUUUUCAUUCUCUGAAACGAAAUCUCAGCGGAGGCAAAGCCACAGCCACAGCUCGAGCUGAGAAGAAGAAGAAGAAGAUGGCGCCGCCAGCAGCAGCGGCAGCAGAAGGGCAAGUCCAACGCGGACAACAGCAAGGAGGAGGAGGGUUUGGUCAGAGCAUCACUGGAAUCAUAAGGAUUGCUGUGUUUUGGUACUUCGCUUCCAAAUUCUUUUCUCCCAAAAAGCCUUCUGUCCCCACUCAACUCAGCACCAAUCUCUUCCAAAAGGCUGAACCCCUGGAUAUGUGGUUGUAUCUUUCUGAACGUGAAAAGUUCAAUGAAUUCGGCAGUGAACGUGAACUUGUUUGGCAUGAAACUAAUAUUCCAUAUGCUCUCUGGGGGCCAGAGAGUACCAGAUCUCUUUCUAUGAAGUACUAUCCAUCUGAGGCAUUAAAGCACAAUGGAAGUCUCUAUGCUCAUGUUUUCUUCGCACGCUCUGGUUACCCUCCAGACCCAAGUGAUCCAGAGUAUCAGCCUCUUGCUGUAUUUGGAAAGACACACUCUAUUGUGACACACCUGCCAAAGCCGAAAGCUGAUAAAAAAAGGAGUUUGCUGGGGGACUCGAAAGACUCUGAUGAGAAGGAACCAUUAAUUGAGGUAGUUGAUGAUACUCAAGGUGAUUCUGAAGAUAAUGGUCCUGUGGAGUGGGUUUCGUAUUGGAAGCCAAAUAUUACUAUUAAUCUGGUUGAUGAUUUUACGGGGUACCCGCAUAAUGCUGUUCCACCUAAUGUUGCCCCUUACUUGAAUCUUGAGCCUAGUACUGGGAACUACUUUCCAACUAUUUUCUUCAACGAAUUUUGGCUACUUCGAGAUAAGAUGAUAGCAAUUAAUGAGACAGUGAAAGAAUUGGCUCUUAACCUGGAGGUAGGUCCCAUAAGCAUGACCAAGUGGCAACUAUUCCUGCAGAUUGAUCAGUCUUUCCAAAUUCACCGUAGUUAUGGAAGCAUGCUUGAGGGUGAGGCUGAUGAACUGAAGAGAGUGUUCUUGGAAGGAAAUCCUUACCUCCUUGGAAUCACAAUGGUUGUUUCUUUACUUCAUUCAGUGUUUGACUUCUUGGCAUUCAAGAAUGAUAUUCAAUUUUGGAACAAAAAUAAGUCUAUGGAAGGACUUUCUGCAAAGUCUGUUAUUGUGAGCUUCAUAUGUCAGUUCAUUGUCUUCCUCUAUCUACUUGACAAUGAUACUUCGUGGAUGAUACUUAUAAGUUCUGGAAUUGGCUGCUGCAUUGAGUUUUGGAAAAUUGGGAAGGCUAUGCACAUUGAGAUUGAUAGAACAGGGAGGAUACCUAUGUUGAGGUUCCGAGACCGUGAGUCAUAUGCAGGAAAUAAGACAAAAGAAUUUGAUGAUAUGGCGAUGAAGUAUUUGUCAUAUGUGCUCUUCUUCCUUGUUGCAUGCUCCUCUGUUUACUCACUUAAGUACGAGCGUCACAAGAGCUGGUAUUCUUGGAUUCUCUCUUCACUCACAAGCUGUGUUUACAUGUUUGGUUUUAUUAUGAUGUGCCCUCAAUUGUUCAUUAACUAUAAGCUGAAGUCAGUGGCUCAUCUACCCUGGAGGCAGAUGACUUACAAGUUCCUCAACACCAUCAUCGAUGAUCUAUUUGCCUUUGUCAUAAAAAUGCCAAUACUACAUCGCCUUUCCGUCUUCCGUGAUGAUGUCAUAUUUCUGAUAUACGUAUACCAGAAAUGGAUCUAUCCCGUGGACAAGAAACGUGUAAAUGAAUUUGGUUUCAGUGGUGAUGAUGAGGUCACAGAUGGUGCAGUUGACACUGCUGUUAAGGAAGAAGAGAAGAAAACCAAUUAAGCUUUUAAGUUAUAUAGAUAAUUUGAUUUAAUACAGCACAUACUUUCAGUUAGGGUAAACAUUAUUCUAGUAUUCUUGUUUUGCCCUUUUUGCUUUUUCCAUUUACAUUGGGUCUUGUUUUAGUAAGGAUUUGGUUGUAUGCCACGCCAUCUCCUCUGGAAGACUUCUAUGGCCAACAGGAUAAGCAACUGUUACUUUACAGUUUCUGUGAUAUUAUUUAGAAAGUUGCCGCUGGAGGGGGUGAUCCUUUUUUGGUCUGGUUGGAGAAGGUGAUCAAACUAGGUGGUUUGUCUUAAGUAUGUAGUGUUUUCUUUAAAUUUUUGAAGUCCGUUGAUAAUGCCAUAAAUUUUGAUAAUGCCUUUUGUAGUAUUUUUCACCCUUUUUGGUUAAGUGUUGAUGUUUUCAGAACAAUUGAAUGGCAGAAGAUCAUAUUCAUUUAUCGUUUUUAAAA